UUCAAAUUAAUAUAACCACAACAUACAUAUUGAAAGCUAUUUUGAAAGGGAGCGAUUGGGUUUUGGUUAAAAAUUCAAAUCUUGGACAAAACUCGUCCCCAUCUCUCCUCUCAUUGUUCUUCUUUCUCCCCCUCAAUUCCCUCAAAUUUUGAAUUUUGAUCUCCAUUUCACCCUCACCCACCCUUUUUAAAACCCUAAUUUUUCAACUCAUCAGAUUCUGAAUCUCCAUUUCAGGCCGAUUCGAUCCCUGCUUCAAUGGCGAACGCCGACUCUUCCACUCCCUCCACCCCUGCCCCCGUUCCUACAUCAGCCAAGAAGGAGAAUCUCACCCCCAUUGGCUUGAAAAUUAUGGAAUUGAACGAAUCAAGAGCAGAGCUGCUUGAUAGAAUUCAAUUUCUUAAGCAGGAUCUCCAGAAUUGGAGGUUAAAGCUAGACACACAAGUUAAUACCUACCGAAGUGAACUGUCUGAACUCAAGAAAUCGCUCAACGUUGAGGUGGAGCAACUUCGCACGGAAUUCAGAGAACUAAGGACAACCCUUCAGCAGCAACAAGAAGAUGUGACAACUAGCCUGAGGAACUUGGGUGUUCAGGAUGAUUCUAAGGACAACAACAAGACUCGACAUCAACAUCCUGUAGCGGAAAGCAGCGACAAGGAAGACGAAGACGAGGGUAAGAAGGAUGGACUCCAUGGCUUAACAGAGGGUAAGGGAAAUGAAGCUGAAAAUUAAGAGAAUUUCCAUUGUGUUCGUAAUGUGGCGAUGGAUUUCCACGUUUGACUGUUUUUCAAAGCUUUGUAAUGGGAUUGAUAAGAUUUUCCCGGCAUUUAAGGAAGCAUUGAAUUUGUAAGUGUAAUUUUUUACACGCACAUCAACAUUAAUAAGUUCAUUCUUCAAGGAUAUAUGUAUUUAAUUUUUGGGAAGCA